AUGGGGAAACUGUUCAAAAUAAUCUCCAAGGCGACUGAUCUUGCGACUGCGGUGGGGGAAGAGUAUCUGAAAGCCAAGGAGAAUGCCAACUAUCAGAUGGCACAGCAGUUACAGCAGCAGGAGCAGCAGCAGCAAGCAUACUACGCACAACAAUACGGCGCAUAUCAACAACAAGCAGAUACAUCACAGCGAGAACAUCCAGGGACUCCGAAACAGUAUCAGCAAUAUGCUCCUCAUCCCUCUCAACAGCAACAAUACCCACCACCUCUUCAAGAGCAACGAUAUCCUCCUCCGCCCUCCCAGCAACAGCAGUAUCCUUCACCCCCUCAACCGCAACAAUAUCCCCCACCUCCCCAACAGCCCCAAAGCCAAGUCGACAGCGACCGUGAGGCUGCCGAGAAGCUCGCCGCCCAGUUCCAGGACGAGUACAACCGCGAGAUCGUCGAAGCAGAACGCGAACUAGAACGUCUAAAGAAAGAGCAGGAGGAGAAACUCAAGGAGGCAGAGAGGCAGUUGGAAGGCUUGAGGAUACAGUCUGGGUCGUCGAGGCCUGCUAGUUUGUUGAACACUCCCUCAUCCGCUCCGCCACCACAGCAGCAGCAGCAGUAUCAACAGCCUCAACCAUCACCGGCCGCGCCUUCAACCUCAUAUGGAGGCCAACAGCAGUACCAAGCCCCUUCUCAGCCGCAACCUCAAUACCAAACCCAACAACAAUGGAAUCCCCAGGCCGCCCCAACACUGAACCCUAUCCAUCCCCCAGAGAUGCAUCCCUGCGGCAUCGUCCCUAUCUCAGUGUGCCACGACGGUCUCAUGGACAUGGAACUCGACUGGUUCAUCCACCCCUCGGCACCCGAAUUUCUCAUCUGCUCCAGAUGCUACGUCGACCACAUCUACAACACUCAAUUCCAGUCCUCGUUCAGAAUGGUACACCUCGGGACCGGACAGCAGCGGAAAUGCUUUUUCGGCACCAAGCGCAUGAAGGACACGCUCUGGCCGGAGGCAGUAUCUUCGUCCAGUCUCAGCAACGCUGUCGAGUUCAUGCAGAAGCGACAGAGGAUUCCUCACUGUACUGAUUCCGAGAUCAGGCCCGGUGCAUCAUGGUACACAUCACCCAGCAUCCCACACGCAACCUUUUGCGCGGCCUGCUACGAAGACAUACUCAUGGCAUCGUCGUUUGCCUCAAACUUCACCCUCUCUACGGGCCUGGAGGCCUUCUGCGACGCAAGCACCUUCUACGUCCGACGCGUGUUCGACAUUUACGCACCAAGCAACAACUGGUCUGCAUUUUGCCAAGGAGUGCAAGCCCGUAUACAAAUACCAAAGUGCGAAAAGGGUUUGCCCAUGCCCACAAAUGAACACUCCUGGGCCUUUGACUCAAAAGACCUCAGCAUCUUCUGGAGAGCCCUGGACGAAUUCAGCAAGCACCCCUUCUGCAACCCCUACGAAACAUCAGGCGCAAAAUGGUUCACCCUCCCCAACAAGUCCAAGGAAAUCAUCAUCUGCGGCGCAUGCUACUCUACAAUGGUCAACGUCUGGGGCGGAGCAAAUUGGUUCAUCCCCAAGUCGUCGAGCUUCUUCAAAUCGGACAAGCGCGUGUGCGGCUUCAACGUCGGCCAUCCACGCUUCAACAAGAACAUGAACGCAUUUAGUGAGUGCAUCCUCAGAGGAACUUGGAAAGCUCUGGGGGAUCUCGCCGCCUUGUUUGCCAGCAUUGAGCCCUGUCCCAGGAGCGAGCCCAAUGGAUAUCCCAGACGAUACUGGGGAUGGCAGAAUGCCCAGAUCUGUGAAGAAUGCUACGUGACCUUUGCAAAGGACAUGAAGUUCGAGAACAGAUAUACCAUCCGCGAAGCACGCAGCACCCAAGGCAUCUGCGAUCUCUACUCUUCCCGGAUGCGAAACUUGUACAGCGACGCCUGUCAAUCAGGAGAUCUCCAAAGCUUCCUCAACCAAGCAGCACAGCGCAAGCAAAUAUUCAGGCAAAUGAAUCAAACACUCGAAAUGCUCAAAUCAGCAUACGCCCAGGACAACAUGAGGCAGAAGCAGAUGCUCAUGCAAAAGGAGCGGAUGAUGCACCAAGACCACUCAAACAGGAUGGCCAUGCUAAACAAGUCACACACCGACGCUCUGAUUGCCAACAUGACAAAGUUCAGGGGAGACGUUCAAGGCUGCAACGGUUACGUGGUGGGAAAUUCUCAGAUGGGAUGGUACAGAAACGAGACGUCGUUGCAGGGCGUUCUCGAUCUUCAAGCGGCGGACCGACUGAGGGAGCAGGCCUUAGCCCCAGGGUUGACUCCAAGCUUUGGCUCUUCCUCUCAAAUGUUACAAUUUGACCCAAGGACGCAGAUGUUGCAGGCUGAGGCUGAGAGGAUUGAAGGAUUAUGGAUGCAAGUUGAGUGA